GUUAGCACCUCGUACGUCGAGUUCGAGGACGGCACCCAGACCACGGGCAAGACCUUUGAGAUCGUGCUCCAGUCCUUCAUCGUGAAGAAGCGCGGCAGCGACGAGGUGAAGAACAUCCCGGCAGAAGAUGCAGAACGCUGGCGUGAUGCAGACGCAGCCGAGUGGGAGAAAGUAAGAGCCACUGGCGCCAUCCGGGAGCUGACGCUCCAGGAAUCGGCGCAAGUCCUCGAGGAGCUCCAGGCGACCAACAAGCUGGACAGGGUUCUUCCAACGAGGAUGGUGCGUCGGAACAAGCCCGGCGAAUUGCCGGGGGAGCCGAGCACCUUGAAGUCUAGGCUUUGCAUUCGGGGAGAUUGUGACCCAGAUGCCUUCAGCCUAGAUAGGCACGCGCCAACGGCAAGCUCGCUGACACUGGCAAUCGCCAUGCAGGUGUGUGCCACCCGUAAGUGGAGAGCCUCGGUCGGUGACUUAAGAAAUGCGUUUUGUCAGUCAGAGGCAUUGCACCGCAAGGAAGGAAGGCUUUUCGCUCGACAACCUGCAGGCGGACUUCGUGGGCUCGACGAAGGGCAGCUGCUAGAAAUAGUGGCGGGAGCCUACGGGCUCGGAGACGCUCCAGCACACUGGAGGCGAAGCCUUAAGAAGGCGCUGCAGCAACUAGGCUACGAGCAGUCAGUGUUGGACCCCACGCUCUUUCUGCUACGCCGCGCUGGGCGAGUCGUCGGCAUGGUCAUCGUCGAGGUCGACGACUUGUGGACUGCUGGCAAUGAGGAGCACUACCAGCAGGUUGACGCCUUGAGACGGAGGUUUACCUUCGGGAAGUUCAAGUACCUGCAGGACGAGGCGGACGGCGUCGGCUUCAACGGCCGCCGCAUGAAGCAAGACGCCUCCUGCGGCUUCUCUUACGACCUCCAGAAGUUCAUUGACGAGCGCCUCGAGCCCAUCGCGAUCGAGGGCAAGCUGGGAGAGCAGGCCGCCACGGCAGGCGAAGUUUCUCAGGCGAGAGCAGUGUUGGGCUCUCUGAACUGGUUGGGUCGCGAGGGCAGGCCGGACUUAGCGGGAGAGGUGAGCAUCCUCUCCAGUCGGAUUCCAGAUCUUCGGGUCAAGGAUCUGAAAGAGAUCAACCGGGUUGUGGCGACGGCCAAGUCCACAGCAGACCUUUCAGUGAAGAUUGCCGGCAUCGAAGAAGCACGCCUAGGAUUUGGAGUAGUGAGCGACGCAAGCUACGCCAACGUCAGAGACGGAGGCUCUCAGGGAGGUCACUGCGUGAUAGCCUUUGAUACUAGGAUUCAUGAGGGUGAGACAGUUCAGUGCAACAUCUUGUACUGGAAGUCCGGGCGUAUCCAUCGCGUGGUGAAUUCCACUCUUGCUGCUGAAAGCAUGAGUUUGUCUCGCGCCUUAGGAGACCUCAUGUGGUGCGUCACUCUGUUCAAUGAGUUGACUCAUGUCGGGUUUGAACUCAGAGAGUGGGAAGCUGCUCUAAGGCAUCGUCGGCUGUGUGUCAUUCCGGGGAAAGGAGAGGGAGCUCGUAACCUGGCUGUGGUAGACGCGAAAUCCUUGUACGAUCACCUAGCUCGAGAAACCUGUGGACACACCGCUGACCGCCGCACUGCGAUUGAGAUGCAGAUCAUCCGCCAGACUCUCAGCGAACUUAGUGCUUCUAUCCGUUGGAUCGAUCACAACCGCAUGCUUGUAGACGUGCUAACCAAGAUGGGUGGGAAUGCAGAACCGCUCCACCGAGUUUUGUCAUCAGGGCAAUGGGGCAUUGUGGCGGAGGCCCAGGAAAUAGAGCUUCGAAAGAAGCAACGUACAGAGGGCAUCACCAUCCGUCGUAAGAAGUCUGGGAUCAAAGAAAGUCUUGGGAGCUGUGAACACACUUGUGCUAGAACCUAG